AUGAAAUCCUUCUUCGCCGCCCUCGCCCUCGUGGCCGCCAUGGCCGCCGCCAGCCCAGUCUCCAGCCCAGUCUCCAGUUCAGUCUCCCGUCCAGUCCCGUCCGCCAGCCCAGUCACCACUGAGAGGAAAAGCACUUCGCCGAUCCAGCUCAAACUGGUCCGAACUGGCAACACUGGCAUCAAAGCCCACUUCACCAACUGCGGAAACUCCUCGCUCAAGCUAUUUACCCCUGGCACCAUUCUGGAUAGCACUCCCGUCGAGAAGUUGGCCGUCUACAAAGGCAACAUGCGAAUCCCCUUCGAGGGCAUCCGCCUGCGCCUGGCACCUCCCGAAUUGAUCACCAACGCAUCCUUCCGAAUCUUCCAGCCUAACGAAACGGCCGAGUUCAACUUCAACUUUGGAAAGUGGCACGACGUCAGCCAGGGCGGCCACUUCAACGUCACCUCCAUGGGCGGCAUCCCCUACGCCACGGAGAACUCGACAGCGUUCGAAGGCUACCUCGGAUACAACAGCAACACGCUACUCAUCGAUUCGGUCAACGGCACCGAGGCCUCCAUCGCUAAGCGCGCGUUUGAGAAGAAGGCCAAGCGCACGGCCGUCCAGGGCGAUUGCAAGGGAACUCAGGCCCAGGCCGUCGCAGACGCGCUUACUCACUGCACCAAUCUGGCCAAGGAUGCGUCCCGCUCGGCAAUGUUGGACAAGAACAAGACCUUCGAGUUCUUCAAGACGAACGACGACACGGCCCGGAAGGCCAUCAGCGCCGUCUUCACCAAGGUCGCCAACGAGUGCGCCAGCCGUGUCACGGCCGGCAGCGUCUCCAAGCUGUACUGCACCGACAUCUACGCGGCGUGCAAGCCGGGCGUCCUGGCUUACACCGUUCCCUCGGUGGCGCUCAUGGUCAACUGCCCGUUGUACUUCACCGCGCUGACGCCGCUCACAAAGUCCUGCCACGGCCAGGAUCAGGCUACCACCACUCUCCACGAGAUGACGCACCUUGUCCAGAUCAAGGGCACGCUCGACUGGGGCGUCUACGGCUACGAUGGUAUCAGGAAGCUCACUUCCGCGCAGAACCAGAACCAUGCCGACACGUACUGCCUGUUCGCCAACUCUGUCAACCUUGGCAAGGCUUGCUAA